AUGUCAAUAGUCGACGACGAGGCAAGAACGCAGUAUGAUGGCGAGCUAUCUGGAACACUAACACCAUCGACGGGAACCUCCCAUUCCCACAAGCUGCCAGAGGCUGAUAUUGAAGAGGGACCAGCAGUUGAAAAUGAAAAUGCGCAAACGAUCGUGACCUGGGAUGGUGCAGACGACCCCACAAACCCUAAGAACUGGUCUUUCAAGCGUAAAUGGGGCAUCACUGUUCUAGUAUCGCUUAUCACAUUCAUGACGGGCAUAUCUUCUGCCAUCAUCGCGCCUGCUAGCAAUGUAAUCGGUGAUGAGUUUAACAUCCACAGUUCUUUUCGAAGCCAGCUUAACUUCUCCAUCAUCCAACUUGCUUAUGUUAUCGGACCCCUGGUGUUAGCUCCGCUCUCCGAGGUAUACGGACGGUCCAUAAUUCUUCAGCUCGCCAAUAUCUUUUUUUUGAUCUUCAAUUUUGUGAACGGCUUCGCGAAUAGUGACGGCGAGUUCCUAGCCUUCCGCUUUCUCAGUGGUCUAGGCGCUUGUGCUCCAUUGACAAUUGGUGGAGGUGUCCUCUCUGAUCUAUGGCGUCCAGAGGAGAUUGGUAUGGCCAUUGGACUUUACACUUUAGCGCCUUUACUUUCUCCUGCCCUCGGACCCUUGCUUGGAGCUUGGAUUGUCGAGAAAUCUACGUGGAACUGGUGCUUCUUUUCCAUCACCAUUUUCGGAGUGAUUGUGCAAGUCCUCGUUUUCUUUACGCUGAAAGAGACCUACGGCCCACGAAUCUUGCAAAUGAAAGCCCAGAAGCUGCGUAAGGAGUCCGGGAAUGACCAACUGCGGACGGACUUUGAGCUUAAAGAUUUGCGCCUCACCUCUAUCAUGCGAACUUCGCUUGUUCGCGUCGUUCUUCUGCUUAGCACUCAACCCAUCAUUAUUUUCCUCUCCGUCUACUUUGCGAUGGUCUAUGGCAUCAUUUACCUUAUGCUGUCUAGCUUCCCAUCAUUGUGGACGACUUAUUAUCACGAAUCCGUUGGGAUUGGCGGCCUCCACUACAUCGCUAUCAUGAUCGGUUUAACCAUCGGCGCACAGGGGGGUGGUCGUAUCGUAGACUACCUAUACAAAACUCUCAAAGCUCGAUCGCCUGAUAAUACUGGCGCACCCGAGUUUCGUGUGCCGCUUCUUUUCCUCUCCACCUUUUUAGUGGCAGCGGGACUUUUCAUGUAUGGAUGGUCUGCCCAGGCGAGGACUUUCUGGGUUUCUGCAGACAUCGGUGCUGCUAUCUUCUCUAUAGGGGCAGCUAUGACUUUCACCUCAAUACAGACAUAUAUUAUCGAUUCUUACCCUCUUUUUGCAGCGUCUGCGAUAGGUGCGACAGCGGUGCUGAGAAGUUUGACUGGGUUUGGGUUCCCGCUGUUCGCCCCCGCUAUGUAUGACAAACUUGGUUAUGGCUGGGGUAAUAGUGUGCUCGGGUUCGCCGUUCUGGCCGUUGGCUAUGCCGGGGCUUUUGUCCUCUGGUUUUUCGGCAACCGGCUGAGGGAUGCGAGUCCAUAUGCGAGGGGUUAA